AGUAAGAGUUUGGCGCAAAAAGGACAAAGUCGUGAUAAUGACAUAAAUUCUAAUGGGGAAGUCUGACUUUUGUUGGCUAAGUUUCCUUAUUCUAAAACUGACCGGCAACUUUCGCAGGUGCCCUCUUUCAAAAAGAAGUUUAAUAAUUGCGUCUGUAUGUGUAAUCUAUCUGCUUUUUGUGUUUUCACAAGUUGGAUACUCGCAACUGCACCGGAGCCGAAGGAUUGAUGAGGAGAAGUACCGGCACACCCGUGGAUUGUAUAAUUUGGAGAUCAACGAUGGCCAGCCACACUCUCCAGACUUGCGGAACGAUGCGAGCUUCAUAGUCCCGACUCGCUACAACGUGGUGUACAUAACUUUAAAGACUAAGCGUCGAAAACCAGCACAUAUAAGAGGUACAGUCCGACCCAAAGUGAGGAGAAAAGUGAGAAGAAAUAAGUCUUCCAAUCUGUCUUUUACCCAGGAAAAACUUCGCACUUUGGAUGGGGAUGCGGUACAAAUUAAGCGCAACUUUGCACCCAUACCUUCAAGGAAGGAAGCCAUGGAUGUUGACUAUAAAUCACUGGAUAUAAGCCAUAAAAUUUAUAAACAUGAAGAAGCAGACUCUCAGAUUAGUUCAAUUCGAAUAUACAGUCAAAGGCCGCCACCAUGGUUCAGCGCACAGGAUGUGAAAACCAUGCGCUUUCUUGCGGAUGCCAAAGUUUUGCGCAUGAAAGAAGUCUCUCAUGGAGACACUCUUUCCCUUCUGAUAUUUGAGGGUGAGACAAAUGUUCAACAGGCGAACGAACAGCACGCAAAAACGAGCACUGUAUGCGGAGGGCAAUGUGGAGUCAUCCACAGCCCGGUGGAUACCACAGAGGUUUUUGCUUUUCAUUUGGACAGAGUGCUGGGGCUUAAUAGGACGUUGCCAGCUGUAAGCAGAAAGUUUCGCUUUUUAUACGAUGGGCAGUCCUGUCCAGUUGUGUCAUGGGAUGCAUCUCUAUACCCAGCAGGCCUCGCUGCAGGUUUGACCAGUUUGAAGUUAACAUGGGGGGAGUACCAGAACUCCCUUAAACAGAGAUGUUGGCAACAAAACAUCAGCCCAAAGUCUGAUUCUGGCUGCUCUACAAUUCAUCACUAUGAAUGGAGCAAACUUGCUCUGUUUGACUUCUUGUUACAGAUUAACAACCGCCUGGACCAGGGUUGCUGUGGGUUCAGGCCUCGGCAGCAGGAUGUGUGCAUUGAACUGGGUUACCAUGCUAAAUGUCAAGAUGCUAACCACAUACAGCUAGAAAACAUCAUCUACAGGAGCCACAACCCCAGACACCUGGUCUUCACCAACAACAAGGGAUUCUUUGACCGUAAUGAGGACAACUUGGACUUCAGGCUGUUGGCAGGAAUCAAAGAGUUUCCAGAGCAAGCUGUGUCUGUGCUGAAAACCAGAAAACUGAGGGAAAAACUUCUCCAAUCUCUGUUCCUUGACGAGACAUACUGGGAAAGCCAAGGGGGUCGUCAGGGCAUUGACAAGCUAAUUGAUGUUAUCGAGAGGCGAGCAAAGGUCCUCCUCACCUACAUCAAUGCCCAUGGGAUCAAAGUGAUAUCAAUGAAUGUGUGAUGAAGAUAAAUCUUUUAAAUCUUUUAGAAGACAUUGGGGCUUUAUGCUCGAACAUUUUAUAGGUGGGUUGGGAUAAGAAUAAUAGCAGAUGUGUGACAAUUUUUAAAAUUAUAUCACAAUAGCUUGAGAUUUUGUCAAAGAUAAUUAUGUAAUAUUAGAAAAAUGAAAUUUUUCUGAUGUUUUAUUUUCCAUUAUAUAAAAAAAGGUCAUAGUUCCAAUAAGGGACUUGCUAAAGCUUCUUUGAGUAGUUGGAAGCUCAAUUAGGGUCACACAACCCACACUGCACUGAUAACAAUAACUUUAAUGAGUUUUUUUUUUCUUAAACUUUGUGUACCUUGGAUACAAUCUUAUUUUGUUUUUGUUUUUUUUUUGUUUUUUUACAAAAGCUAAGAAGCUUCGCCUUGCCUAUAAUUUCCAGUUAUUUAGGCACUUAUUGUCACAAUUAGAGCAUGGACACAGUGACUAUAAAUUAUCAAGUGAAGAUUAGAAGUCAUAAAAUGAUAAUGAUGAUGAUGGGAAAAAAGUUUUUACAGGAUUCCAUGCACUCCUGUGAAAAACCAAGUACACCCUAUAGUUCACCUUGUAGAAAGUUGCAGCAAAAAUCUUGGACUAAUACUUUCUGAUAUAUACGACAUUAAUUCCAGAAAAGUUGGAAGCUCUUUAAAUGUAAAUGAAAAAGAAUGCAAUAAGUUUUAGAUCUAAAAAAAAAACAGAUUUUAUUCACAAUAGAACAUCGAAAGCAUCAAUGUUUAAAUUGAGAAAAUAAACAUUUUUAAGAAAAACUUUAGUUCAUUUUGAAAUUGAUGACAACAACACAUCCCCAAAAACUUAAGAGAUGGUCAUGUUUCACUGGGUCUUCUUGUGGUACUUUAGGUUUUAAACUGGUGAAAUGUCUGAACUGCAGGGAGGCCAGUUCAGGUCCCAGUCUCUUUUAAUACAAAACCAUUCUGUUGUAAUAGAUGCAUUAUGCAGUUUAGCUUAUAUAUUCAAGGCCUUCUAUGUAAAAAUGGGUCCCCUGAAUGGGAACAUUUGUCCAACUAUAUGUCUUUUAUCACUGAUAGUGCCUUUUCAGAUGUGCAAGCUGCCAGUUCUACAGUGAUCAGGGCCACUCAGUGAUUUCAGGUUGCAUCCAAAAUCCUGUAGAUCAGCAGUACCCAACCUUUUUGCGCCACAAACCGUUUUUUGUCUGACAAUAUUUUCACGGACUGGCCUUUAAGGUGACGCAGAUAAAUUUAAAAAAAGACAGGACCAGUGUAAAAAAAAGAUUUAUUCAUAACACAUGGGGAAAGACCCAGGGGAACUGAGUUAACGAUAAAAGCAAUAAAAAAAAGAAGCUAAAAAAACGAUAAAAAAACCUAAAAACUAUAAAUUUCACACCCAAGCCUUAACUCUCGCGGCCCCGUACCAAACGACUCAUCGACCGGUACCAGUCCAUGGCCCGGGGGUUGGGGACCGCUGCUGUAGAUGCAAAACAAGCCCAAGCCAUAACCCCUCCAUCACCAUGACAGUUGGUAGUUCAUGGUUGGCAUGAAGUGCUUCUCCUGAUGUUUUUUUUACUUAGUGCAGUGUUCCAGAUAUCCUGUGAUUCGUUCAGAUGUAACUUUGCAAACCUCAGCUGUGCUGAUGUGUUCUUUUUAGAAGAAAAAGGCUUUUUUUUCCUGCCAAUCGUUCUAAACAGGUCAUGAACAUACAAGAUUAUGGCAUUGUGCUUAUACAAAUCUGAAUGCUCCAGACUAGGAACUCCUGCCUUUAUAACUGUGGUGACACUUGAUGAUGAUCAUUUAAUCAAGUGCAUUUGAUUAGCAGCACCUGGUGGCUGCUUACCAUCUUAAUUCCUUGGGAAGCAGUAAGGGUGUACUCAGUUUUUCAUAGUCCUGUGAAUCAUGUAAGCUUUCUUUUUCACAUGAGUGCAUAUGCACUAUUAUUUUAAAUAUGAUGUACUGAUGCAUUUAUUUAUUAUUGUGCUUUCUUUUUGUAUUUGGUAGUGCAAUUCGAACGUGGGAUACAUCAUAAAAGUAAUUACUGCUGAUAGAUUUCUAUUUCUUGAGUGAGUUAUGCAUAAACAUAAUUAUGUUUUACUGUGAUUAUAGAUAAGGUUUGAAAAUGAUUUUGUCUUAGAUAACAAAGCCAUAAUCAAAGAGUUAUCAUAAUAACAUUUAAUCUAUAAAAUUUAUCAGCAAUUGCAUUUUUCCUACCUAUUUCUACUUGGUAUCACUCAGGCACAGACAGAAAUAGUCUGUGGCUCAGAAAUCCGAUCCAGAGUGUGGAGUGUGCUUUUCAAGCUGUUGUAAACACUAUUCUUUGGGCUCUCAGAAAUAGAGUCGAUAGGGCUUUGUGGGCUAUUUUCUCCUGUUCGUGCCUUGCAUUCACUGGGCUGUUGUUUUAACCCUUUGCACCUGCAUUAGUUUGUCAGUGGGUUUUAUGCCUCUGGAUGUUUGUCCAAGAAAAACCCCUCCAGCAAGAGCUGGAGCAGACAGUUUGCUCCUGUACCUACAUUUGGUAAUAUAAGUGUAAAAAACAAAAACAUGUUUAUAGUAAUACAGGUCAAGCCUUUACAGGUAGCUUCUUAAGUUAAAGUCUCUUCAAGUAGGCAAAAAGCAUAUACGUUUCUUUUUCACAAUAACAACAAACACAUGGAGAAACAGUUUGUGCUUUAAAUUAGCUUAUAAAGAGGAUCAUUUGUGCAGAGGUUUAGGAAAGCUUGUAAGGUUUAUCUUCAGGAAUGGCUUGUUGAAUGUAUACCAUUAUUCUGUCAGGUUCACACUUGUUUACACUGUGUGAACCAACCUUUUUGCUCUGUUUAUGUUAAAGUUGCAUUUUCUGUCUUCACUUCCUCUCCUUAUCAGAAGUUAGGGUUUUGCUCUUCCUUUUGUUUCCAUGGGGGUAUGGAAUUUGAGAAUAAUUUGAAAUGGUUCUUCGAAGCUGUGCCCAGCUGGCUGCUGGCAGGCCAGGCUAAAAACAAGAUCCCAACAGAAGAGUUCUUUAUUGUUGCGACCUUGGAUCAACCCUGAUGACAUCACUUUUCUCAUUUCUAGCAUUUGCUGUUC